AUGCCGCCCUCCUUCCGACACAACCUUGAGGAGGUGCGACGGAUCGGGUCGCUGUUCCCUGAGGGUUUAGACCAGGGCCGAAACAGCCCGCAUGGAGCCCCUCCACAAGCCAAUGAUCCACAGCAGUCCUGGGCUGCUACUGUCGCUGAGGUCCAGGCUGAAGCGCUCACGGAAGCUGGGUGGAAUGACGACGGCUGCCCACAGACUGCCGCGUCAGCAUGCCCCAGGACCGAGCCUGCCGGUGCUCCUCUCGAGCCAGAGAAUAGGGGGCCCCGUGGAGUUCCUUCUGUCACUACCAUCCCAGCGCAGCCUUCUGCGGCACAACACGAAGUCAUAGACUUCGAUGCUUAUGUGGUUGCUCCAGGCUAUCAACCCGAGGCCCUGACUCUGCCACUUCAGUUGCCAUGUGAGGUCAGGGAUGCGGAGUUUGCUGUCUCCCGCCACCUGCAAUCCCUCAGGCUCCCGUAUUCGGAUGUCGUCAUCGCUGCCGAUCCACAGCCGUGUACGUCGGCUUCCACCUUUAUCGUGCUGCCGCCGUGGACGACUCAUGCGGGGGCCAGUGCUGUUGUUCUGGAUCUCACCAGGAUGCCCCUUGAUGGGCAGGGGCCAAUCAUCGCGUGUUUCCUCACGCGCCCCACGAAUUUCGAAGAGAUCUGCAGAGAGGCUGGCCUCUACUCCAUGCCUCAAGAGAAGUUCGUGUUCAUCGGCACAUCUGAGACUCCGCUCCGACCGGGUGAGCUAGGUCACUUGGAACGUGUUUCCUACAGGGGCUCUCAUUGCCGCGGUGUCGUUGCCUUGAUCGACAAGCAGGUUAUGGGUGCCUCUCAGUUUGCUAUUCUCGAUGAUCCUAAGCUUGGGUAUGACACCCUUCAGCGGUUCGUCCCAGUCGUUCAGUCGGGGGAUUCGCUUGUUCUUGGGCUCGUUCCAGCGGAAAUGCAGACCACCAAGAGCCAGCUUCGCCACCUUGUUAGACAGGACACCCGUAAUAGGCCCAGCGGGGUAGCUCGCUUCAAGCCAUUUGCCAUGAAGACGGCAGUGUCGCCCAAACUGCUGAGGAAGUUGAGGACCUCUGGAUCAAACAUUUCGCUGGCAUUGAAGGCCCUCUACCAACUGUUCCUGAAAGCUUCUCUCAGAGUUGCUGAACCCAUUCAGUUCAAGGGAGGGAGCCUCUUCGCGAUCUGGAAGGGGAAAUCGAGCACGGCUAAGGCUUCCGCCUAUAGAGGCAUCCUCGUCAGUUCGGUCACAGGCAAGUCCUUCCAUCGCGCCAUACGCAACAGGUCUGUUGAUGCCCUUCGCAACUUUGGGCAGCCUAUGCAAACAGGGGGGUUGCCAAGUUUCCCGGUUACCAUGGGGUCGCACUUCGUGAGACUCUUUCAAGCCGGGAGCCACAGACGCAGACGGAGCCAUGGACUUUUGUUCCUGGACCUUCGUGAGGCCUUCUACAGGGUGGUGAGACCUCUCUUGGCGUACUCACCCUGGGGGGACGAGGACUUUGCCAAGGUGGCCCAGCUGGUCAGGCUACCGCCGGAGGUUAUGCACGAACUCCAUGUCCACCUUGGGCAGCGUCCUGUUCUGUCUGAGGCUGGCACAUCGGCCUGGACGACGGCUUGCAUGUCAGAAGCCCUUGUUGGAACCUGGUUUCGUUUCCAGGGCGGAGAGAAAGUUGUGCGUACUGACAUCGGCUCUCGUCCCGGGGACAAUCUUGCGGAUGUCUGUUUUUCCUUCAUUUUCGCAAAGGUUCUUCAGGCUGUCCAGGCCGACCUCCAACAGCUCGGCAUUCUUCCCGAGAUCCCCUGGGCGAACGAGAUGUUGGGCAACAUCUUUAGCGUCGGUGCGCCUUGUGCUGAAGCCUUGCAACCACUGGACGCGACGUGGAUGGAUGAUGCCUCUUUUCUGAUUGCGUCGCCCAAUGCCGGAGCACUUGCCGGUGCCAUGGAGGCUACUGGCAGGGCAGUUGUAGAUGCGUGUGCCUCACGGGCCCUUCUACCCAACCUUGACCGGGGGAAGACCGAGUUCAUAGCCUGCGCCCUAGGUCCUGGCUCUCGCAAAGUGCGCGCGACGCUCUUUGCAGGUUCCGAACCCAAGCUAAGCUUGCACUGCCGGCUUUGGCCCUCUGCCCAGGUCCGUCUUGUCCCGACUUACCAGCACUUGGGUGGGUUCAUCCACCAUGAUGCCUCGCUUUCCAGGGAGUUGAAGCACAGAGUUGGUUUGGCCUGGAAGUCCUUCAACGCCCGGCGUAAGAAGAUUUUCGGUGCCCCAGGGAUUGCGCGCCGUGACAAGGUGUUGCUUUACGAGUCACUGAUACUGACAGUCCUCCUGUACGGUGCAGGUACAUGGGAUACUUUGCAGGGGCCCGAGUUGGCCAUCCUUGAGACGGCCUACCACGGCAUGGCCUGCUACAUGCUCCGUCCUGCCUUUACAUAUGAGCAGGCGAUGCACAUGAGCCGGAGCCGGGUGUUGUCUCUCUUGGGCCUCCCGUCGAUCCCGGUGUUGCUGCAUGUGGCUAGGCUCCGUCACCUCCUUCCCUGCAUUACCACCAGCGUGCCCGUCUUUUGGGGCAUUCUGCAUUGGCAGGAGUCUUGGCUGGAGUCAGCUAGACAGUCGAUUUCCUGGCUAUGGGAGCACAUCGACAAUGGCGUUUGGACUCGCAGCUGGCAAGAAGCCUGGUCUGAAUGGAAAAUGUGGUGCCUCCACCAGCCGCGUCGGUGGAAAGGCGCGGUCCGCCGAGGACAACUGCAAGCGGUUCUCCAGGAGCGUUGGAGGUCGUCGGAGCGACACCACCACGGCCUCAUCUGCCGGCAGCUCCGCAGUGCUGGGGCAAUCCUUCCUCCUCAAGCGGCCAAUCCGACGCCUCAGCCGCACUUCUGUGCCCCUUGCGGGUUGCUGUUCACCACGUACCAGGAGUGGUCUGUGCACGCUUUUAAGUCACACGGACACACUGCCGAGUAUCGGCAGGUUCAGAGCGGGACACAAUGUCAGGCCUGCCUUAAGCACUUCCCAACACAUGUCAAACUGUGCCGGCACCUGCAGUACCACCCUUGCUGCCGCCAGCGUUUGCAAGAGGCGGGACACGGGUGCCGAGUUGAGCCUGGCAUUGGCAGCAAGAGAGCCCCUGAUGAUGGCCGCUUCCAGGCCCCGUCUCUCCAGGCGCAAGGGCCCCUACUCCCCUUCCUGGGGGAGGGUUGGCAGGAUUACCUCGAACGACCGUCCGUAGAGGUGAUUGAAUGCCUCAGGUUCUUGUCCUACGGGCUGGAUGAAGAAGCCCUGACGGAGUCAACUGCCUGGGAACGCGUUCGGGUUGCCUUCUCUUCUGUUUGCCUUCCAAUCCGGAAGAUACAGGCGACUGCGAGGAUUUGGCUCUCGCUGCUGGACGACGCCUGCAUAGAGGAUCCCUUCCCAACGGGAGUGCUGCGGAAAAUCGGCCAAUGGAUUUUGACGGCCCUGCUUGCUGAGUGGCUCGUUCCUUCCCCGGUUGUCAGGCCUCGCCAGGCUUGCACCUUCAGGGACGCGCCUUGCACUCUCCCCGUGCUUGACGUCUCUGCUCUUGUCCCGCGGCCUGUUGAUCUGCCCUCUGAUUGGGUAGUUGUCCGUGUUGGGGCGCCGGCAUGGCUAGAAAACAUGGGCCAACCGCCGGUGUCGACCAUUGACUUCACCUUCGACGAGUGCUUCCAGGCCCUUCACCAGGGGGGCGUGCCUUCUUUUAUGCAAGAUGUUGGCAGAGACACUGUCUUUGUGAUUUCUGUCUGUGGCCUUCCGCCCUGGCACGACUGCCCCACAACCCCGACUCGGGGCAGGGCCUUCGGCUCCCUUCUCGAUUUGGCUCUCCUCGCCGGCGACUUGAUUCGGUUCGCCCUUCGCCUUUGGCUUUUAGGGGUCCCGACUGCUCUGUGUACAGACCGGCCUGGAAUGAUACCUACGCCUAUCGCUUCCCUGUGUUUCCUGCGGUCUGCUGAAGCAAAGGAUGGGCGACUCUGGUACACCAAAGCCUUCAACUGGGAGCCACUUUUCGGUUUCACUUCUUAA